AUGAUAGGAAUCAUACUGCCAAGUAACACAACAAUCCUCACAACAGGCAGCUUGACUUCAGUGCAUUCAAACUCUGCAAAUGUGACCUUUGUUCGCCCUGCAACAUUCUUCAUCAAUGGAUUUUCUAAUAUCCCACAUGCAAAAUACUACUAUGUGUUUUUGUGUUUUGUAUAUGCUGUGACCGUUUUGGGGAAUUCAUUUAUCAUGUGUAUCAUAUAUUUGGCCCGCAGACUUCACACAGCCAAAUACAUUGCAGUCUUUAAUAUGGCCCUUUCUGGUCUGUGUGGAAGCUCGAAUUUGAUUCCAAAACUCAUCGACAUGUUUUUAUUUGAGCACCAGGACAUUUCAUAUGAAGCAUGCUUGAUGAAUAUGUUUUUUGUGUUUCAUUUCAUGAACAUUCAGUCUUUGACACUUCUUGCCUUGGCUUAUGACAGACUGGUUGCUAUUUGUUUUCCUCUACGGUAUCAUGCAGUUAUUACCAAAACAUCAAUGUCACUCAUUAUAGGUUGUAUGUGGAUUUUUUCUAUGAGUUUAUUAGCUGUACUUGUGGGAUUAGUCAACAGACUCUCUUUUUGUGGAUCUACUGUGGUCAAUAGCUAUUUCUGUGAUCAUGGCCCCAUCAUCAGUCUUUCCUGUAACAAUAAUUCCAUAAAUUAUAUAAUGGCAUAUAUUUUAUUUGGUCUCCUAAUUUGUCUGCCAGUGAUAUUGAUAAGCCUCUCAUAUUUUUGCAUUGCUGCAGCAUUGCUUAAGAUUGCUCAUGGUGCUGAUCGCAUCAAAGCCAUGAAAACCUGCACCUCACAUCUUUUAUUAGUGGCUAUUUCUUAUCUCCCAAUUUUAAGUGUAAAUGUUAAAGCCUUCUCAACAUCUAUUGAUCUAAACGCUCGGAUUAUUAACAAUUCACUGUCACAAAUAAUACCCCCUAUGCUGAAUCCAAUCAUAUACGCGCUAAAGACAGAGGAGGUCAUGCAAUCCAUAAAAGAACUAUACAAACGAAACAAAGUAAACACUAUUAUAGAAAGAAAUGUGAAACAGAGAAAAUAA